CCGCCGCCGCUCAGGGCUGGGUGGAGCCGAGCCGAGCUGAGCUGAGGCGCGGGGAUGGCGGGGCGCCGGGCCGUGGCGGCGGCGGUGGCCGCGCUCAGCGCCGUGCUGCUGGCGCCCGGGCUCUCGCAGCCGCACGAUGUAGCUGGAAAGAGACCAUUAAUGCUGAAAAUUGAUCAGGCCUUGCUGUUAAUUCACAAUGAAUUGCACAAUGAAGAUUUGACAGUCUCCUGGCUUUCUGAUUAUUGUUACCAGUGCUUGUAUCAGUACUUGGGGUUGGUGCCCAUGAACAAUACCUCAGGAAAGCCUCGAGUGGAAGUCGCAGUGGAUGCCCAGCAUUCUGUCACCCUCCAGCUCAGUGGCACGUCAGAUGGCAAAGAGCUUUGCAAGAUCCACUAUCAUUUUGGAGAGUUUGGAAACUAUUCCCUCAUAGUAAAAAGGCUCUACAGAAGCACCACAAACGUCUCCUGCACCAUAGGCAUCAAUGCCAGUCCUGUCAACAGUAACCUCCCUAUCCUGUAUGCAUUCCUUAUUUAUAUGGGAAUCCUCAGCAUCUUGACUUUGGGACACUUUUUUAUAAACAUGGAUCCAGUGAAGAAUUGGCUUCAUAAGAAACUGAACCCUAGAGAAACGGAUCGUCUCAUUAAUUCUGAGCUGGGGUCCCCAACUGGAGCAGAUUCUGUUACCGGUGACCAUGGUACGAAUGUGUGGAGUGUCUCCCAGAGGCGCCUGCGCUCCCUCGACACAUUCCGAGGGCUCUCUCUCAUCAUAAUGGUAUUUGUUAAUUAUGGAGGAGGAAAAUAUUGGUUCUUCAAGCAUCAGAGCUGGAAUGGAUUAACGGUGGCUGAUCUUGUGUUUCCGUGGUUUGUGUUUAUCAUGGGGAGCUCCAUUUCACUGUCUCUGAGCUCACUGCUGAGGCGGGGAUGUUCAAAGUGGCAAGCACUGGGGAAAAUUCUCUGGAGGAGUUUUUUGCUGUUCCUCAUCGGAGUCCUUGUCGUGAAUCCCAAUUAUUGCCUUGGACCUAUGUCCUGGGACAGCUUGCGGAUCCCAGGUGUGCUUCAGAGGCUGGGCUUUACCUACCUGGUGGUUGCCAUCAUGGAACUCCUUUUUGCCAGGGUCGUGGCUGCGAGUGAGAACUUGGAGAUGCCGUAUUCUGCUUUUCAGGAUAUUCUGUGUUACUGGCCACAGUGGCUUUUCAUUCUGUCACUGGAAGCAACUUGGCUGUGUCUGACCUUUCUUUUAGAGGUACCUGGCUGCCCCCAAGGUUACCUUGGUCCUGGUGGCAUUGGAGAUUUUGGAAAAUAUGACAAUUGCACUGGAGGAGCAGCUGGCUACAUUGAUCGCCUGCUCUUGGGAGAAGAGCAUAUUUACCAGCACCCAUCUUCCAAUGUGAUCUACCAGACAACGGUGGCAUAUGAUCCUGAAGGGAUCUUGGGAACAAUAAACUCAGUCUUCAUGGCAUUCCUGGGACUUCAGGCAGGAAGAAUUCUCUUAUUUUACAAAGACCAGCACAAGCAGAUCCUGAGUAGGUUUUUCAUAUGGAGUCUAAUAAUGGCUGUUAUUUCUGUUGCCUUGACAAAAUGCUCUAAGGAUGAAGGAUUUAUUCCCAUAAAUAAGAACCUAUGGUCUCUGUCCUACGUAACAACCCUGAGCUGUUUUGCCUUCAUGCUUUUACUGCUGAUAUAUUACCUUGUGGAUAUCAAGAGAUGGUGGUCUGGUGCUCCAUUUUUCUACCCAGGAAUGAACUCCAUCUUGGUCUACAUCGGGCAUGAAGUAUUUGAAGACUAUUUCCCUUUUAAGUGGAAGAUGAAGGACAAUCAAAGCCAUGCAGAGCACUUGGCUCAGAAUUUGAUUGCAACAUCGAUUUGGGUCGUCAUAUCGUAUGUGCUUUACCGGAAAAGGAUAUUCUGGAAAAUCUGAGAGUGCUUUUGAAGGCUGGUCCUGUCCUCAACUCAACAGGAGCUUGAGGCUGGACUCCCCCAGACCCAUGCCAUUCCAGCUGGGAUUCAUUACUAAAAAGGGAUCAUGUGUUCAGUUUGCAUUUCCAGGGAAGCUUUCAUUAAGACUUAUGUGCCUAAGGGAUAGUAUUUUCCUAGUUAAUGAAAACACAGUAUCUUGCCAGAGGCCAUCUGGUUGCAUAUUCUAUUUUGUAUAUGUUCUGGUGCUCAGUACAGUGCUGCUGAUGUGUGUGUAUAUACAAUAAAUACAAGAUGUACUGAAUAGCUUUUUACUGUUCUGAAAAGCUGAUGCCUUUCAUCAAGUGAACUAUUAUAGAUGCUGCAGCUCACUCACAACAUGUAAUAUAUAUUUAAUGGCCAGUGAAUACAAAGGAAAGAGUAACUGCCAAAUUACUGCAGUUAAUUCAGGAGCUUGGACACGGCUGUUAAACUGAUGCUUCCAACUGCCAGCACUGCAGUGGCAGCUUAUUAGUUAAGUUCCUGGCUCUGGAGGAGGUCCCUCCUAUGCAUCUCGUCACUGCAACACUGUUCCACUCUGAGUAGGGGGGAGGACCACAGAACUUUUAGCUUGGGUCUAAUUUGCAGUGCAUGCUGGGAGACUUCAAGGCUGUCUGUGCUGUGCUGUGGCUAGGUAGCAACAGGAGAACACAAAUGCCUCCAUUUGUCUGCAUCCAGUCAGAGCUUAAAUCAGUUAUGUUUUAAUAGACCAACAACAAUCCUAAACCUGCUAAGAAAUUAUUUGUUCUGAUAGACUUAAUUUUGUAGGCUCCUGGCAUACACAUGGUUUUUAACCAAAUGGUCUGGAAAUGUUUUAUGGCCUUUAAAUAAGUAAAUUUCUCUAGCACAGCCUAGAUGCUUAGAGCUCGCAUAGCACAGACUACAUUUCAAAUUGUUACCCUCCAACUUAAUAUUGACUAAAACUUCAUUGAGAACAGUGAUAUACAGGCAACUCCUGCUUAAUGCUCAUUUUACAUUGAUACCUGAUUCCACUUAGUGCUCAGUGAGUUUCGUUAUAACGCUCACUUGCCAUCUUGGUUUGUCAAAACUUUUGGUUUUGCUUAACACUAUUUCUGCUUCAGGCUCAUUUUUUCGGGAACCAAUUAAGAGCAUUAAGUGGGGGUUGUCUAUAGUUUUAUUCUAAGGAACUAGAUUUCACAGGCAUGAUCCUUCUUUUAACAGUGACCAUAUUAAACCCAGACCUGAUUUCAUUAAAAAAAAAGAGAAGUAUUCAACCCCAACAGGUUAACAGAAAAGAAAGACACCCCAGACUUGAUAUAUCAAAGAGAAUGAUAGUAGGGGUGAUCAAUUUGCAAUGGUUCCGUCAAGUGUUCAAGGUCCUUUGAGAGAGCUGACCGCAAGAUUCACUCACAGGGUGACUUCCAAACUGGUGCUAAUAAAAAGUCUUGACAAUA